AUGGUUAAGGACAUGAGGAGUAGGAUGAGCUUGUUUCUUGCUGGAUUGGGUCGUGCUUCAAGCAAAGGGGGCCGGGCUUCAAUGCUUAUUGAGGACAUGGACAUUUCGAGGUUAAUGGUCUAUGUGAAACAAGUUGAAGAAGAGAAGUUGAGAGACAGAUCCCAAGGUAGUGUGGCAGAAGCAGGAAGUUGGGCUCCUACAUGUGCUAAGUGCGGUAGAAACUACCCCGGUAAAUAUCGUGAUGGCCAGGCAGUUUGCUUCAAGUGUGGUCAAGAGGGUCACUUCAUGAGAGAGUACCCUAAGAAUAAGCAAGGUGGUGGAAAUCUGGGAAAUAGAGCUCAAUCUUCAUCAGUUGAUCCUCCAGACAAGGCUGCACCUAGAGGAGCCACUUCUAGUACUUGGGGAGGGGCAAACCGUCUCUAUCCAAUCACUAGCCGCCAAUCAGUUCUUAUAGUGAAAGAGUUCACAAAAGUGUUUUUUGAUGAUCUACCCGGAGUCCCUCCUGAAAGUGAGAUAGACUUCAGCAUAGACAUCAUUCCAGAAUUCGUCCUAUUUCUAUUACGCCAUACAGAAUUGCACCAGUAA